GGACCCCGCGCUGGGCCCCGAGCCGCCCCCUCCACCACCGCCGUGCUUCUGAGGCGCCAUCGCGGUUCCUGCCUCCUCCCCCCGCCAGCUACCCGCCGGGCGGCCCCGGAGAUAACAUGUAACAUGGAACAGAAAGGUGCAGAAUGGAGCAACUUUUUUGAGGAGAACUAUUUAUGCAGUUAGAAAGAGAGGGAAUAUUUAUGGAAGACACUGCCUGCUUUUACUUGGCAGAAAUCUCCAUGGCUUUGGGGCAUUUACGUCAAAAGGGGAUCAUCUACAGAGACCUGAAGCCGGAGAAUAUCAUGCUUAAUCACCAAGGUCAUGUGAAACUAACAGACUUUGGACUACGCAAAGAAUCUAUUCAUGAUGGAACAGUCACACAGACAUUUUGUGGAACAAUAAAAUACAUGGCCCCUGAAAUCUUGAUGAGAAGUGGCCACAAUCGUGCUGUGGAUUGGUGGAGUUUGGGAGCAUUCAUGUAUGACAUGCUGACUGGAGCAGUAGGUGCACAGUUAAAAGCUCCCCCAUUUACUGGGGAGAAUAGAAAGAAAACAAUUGACAACAUCCUCAAAUGUAAACUCAAUUUGCCUCCCUACCUCACACAAGAAGCCAGAGGUCUGCUUAAAAAGGCUCAUCCAUUCUUUAGACACAUUAACUGGGAAAAACUUCUGGCUCAAAAGGUGGAGCCCCCUUUUAAACCUGUGUUGCAAUCUGAAGAGGAUGUAAGUCAGUUUGAUUCCAAGUUUGCACGUCAGACACGUGUCGACAGCCCAGAUGAUGCAGCUCUCAGUGAAAGUGCCAAUCAGGUCUUCCUGAUUUCUAAAACAUUACAACAAAUGCACACAUGAGGGCGCUCUCAUCAGCCAGAUAUGGAGAAGGUAGGCAUUUGUUGACUGUUAAGUCAAAACUAGUUCUAUACUUUUACUGAUGGAAAAAUCAAGGUCCACCAAAGUGGUUAUGAUUCUACAUGAGUUAUUCUCUAGAGGAAAUAAAUUGGAUAUUAGAAUUUUAAAAAGAUUGAACAGAAAUCCCUGUCAGUGAAUUUAUGCUGGAGAAUUUUGACGCUUAUCUCAGCAACUCCUUCUUGAAAAUCUUUACCCAUGCCAUGAUAUAAUUUAUCUUCAAUCUUAAAUGAGCUUGAUAAUAGUGUUUAUAAGAUGUAGGAGAAACAGUUAAUUAGAAUAUUUAUUUUUAUGGACUUUUGCUCUAUAAAAUUAUAAAAUGUUAAUUGUGCUUCAUUUAUUUUUUAUUUUUUAAUUUUUUUUUGAGAUGGAGUCUCGCUGUGUCACCCAGGCUGCAGUGCAGUGGUGUGAUCUCAGCUCACUGCAACCUCUGCCUCCCAGGUUCAAGUGAUUCUCCUGCCUCAGCCUCCCAAGUAGCUGGGACUACAGGCACGUGCCACCACGCCUGGCUAAUUUUGGUAUUUUUAGUAGAGA